CAGAAAUGCAUGCUCGGUUCACGAAACCCUUCAAAGUUUCCCCACCUCUUCAUUUCUUUCUCUUUUCUCUCUCAAUUUUAAUCAGUGGCUCCCCUAAAACAAAGCGAAGGAACCAAAUAAAAAACUUUCAAAAUUUCUCUAAGUUGAAGAAAACAAGGAAAGGCAACAAAAGAUCAUCAUGUCAGGGUUCUCCUAAAGUGAAGAAAAGAAGGAAAAGCAAAACAAAUUUAUUUCCAAACAUUUUCUCCCUUCCGAAUGAGCUGAUGACAGAAGUUUUAGCUCGGGUGGCUGCCUAUUCAUUCCACGAUUUCUUCGAUGUCAAGUUAAGUUGCAAGGUUUUUCAUCAAAUUGCUGAUGAUAAGUACAUACUUCAACAUGUGUCCCUUGAGAAGUUUCCUGUUACCCCAUGGUGUUCAACUAAACAAUCUUUCUUCUUAGAGAAGUGCAAAAGGAGUGGACAUCCAGAAGCCUUAUACAGGGAAGGAGUGGUUGAACACUUCAGUUUUGCGAGGGUAGAAGAGGGACUAAACUGUCUAAAUAGUGCAGCAAAAGUAGGACAUCUUGGAGCGUCUUAUGUGCUAGAGGUUAUCCUACUCUGUACAGAGGAACCUGACCAAGAGCAAGACGGUAGAAGACUUCUAAAACUAGAAAAGUCAAAAAAAGGUGUAAGAGAAAGUCGAAAGAAACUAAAUGACACGAUGAGAAAUAUUUGGCUGAAUAACUUGUUGGAAGCAAAGCCUAAUUGUUGUCCAAUGCGAGACCAACACAGAAGACGUGGGUGGCCAAGUGACAAUGAGGAUGAUGUGGAUUGUGAAGCUUGUGGCUGCGACUUGGAAGUCAUUUUCGUUUGUAAUUUGUUACGCGGUAUUCUGACAUAUUAA